AUGGCGUGUCUUCAUGUGGCAACCAUUGUGGCUUCUGGCCCAGACCCCCCUCCCGAAUCGCCCUAUGUGAUUACACCCCCAGCAGAGUCCGGGGGCUUUAAUGACUUGUCCUCCUCUCCAGAGCAGAUGCUGGCACUGCCUCAUCACGAGUUGACUGAGACUUUGGUUCCACACCCAAACCCGGAUUCAGCUGCAGAGCUGCUCGCAGGGCCAGAUCAGUUUGCUGUUCCACGUCAGGAUCUGAGUGACAAGGGGGGCUCGAAUAUACCUCCCGAGCCCCCUAAGGAGGUGGUACCUUCUGCCACACAACAGGAGCUUCAGGCUCAGUCAUCAGAGCCCCCUACAGAGGUGGAACCAUUGCCAGUCCAGCCUACCACAGAGGCUGAACAUUCCACAGUCCUGCAGCAGAGUGCAGUUCCAGCAGCAUAUCCCGAAGUGACAAUUCCAAGUCCAGAGCAGGUUCAGCUUCCACAUCCAACCUUGACUGAGGUCACAGUUCAACCUUUGGACCUGGAAACUACGUUAACUCCAGAAUCCAGUAUGGAGGCUGAACCUUCUCCAACCGUGCAGCAGCCCCAAGCUCAGCCUCCGGACCUGGGACUUACCAUAACUUCAGAGCCUGCUAUGGAGUCUGGAUAUUCUACAGCCCUGCCGCAAACUCCAGCCCCACCUCCCAAACACCCUGAGGUGACGCUUGCACAGCCAACCCUGACUCAAGUCACAGUUCCACCUGUGGACCUGGGAGGUACCAUUUCUCAGCAACCAAGUCCACCUGAGACAGUUCUUUUUCCUUCAUCUCAGAAUGCCACCAUGGACAUCAACAUAUGUGAGCUCUAUACCUGCAAAGAUGAGAUGCUGUCCUGUGUGGGUCUCAGCCCAAAGCAGAAGCUCCACAGAGUGCCUGAGCCACAGCCCAACACCUACAAGGGCAUCUUCACCACCAUAAAUUUCCAAGGAAACUCUAUUUCUCACAUUGAUGAAAAUGUGUGGAAGGCAUACCGUUGGACUGAGACACUGAUUCUCAGUGACAAUCAUUUGACUGAAUUACAUAAGGACUCCUUUAAAGGCUUGCUAUCCCUCCGGUAUUUAGAUUUAUCCUGCAAUAAAAUACAGUCUAUUGAAAGAUGUACAUUUGAACCGCUACCUUUUUUGCAGUUUAUAAAUCUAGGUUGCAAUUUACUCACAGAACUGAGCUUUGGAACGUUUCAGGCCUGGCAUGGAAUGCAGUUUUUACAUAAGGUAAUUCUCAAUCGUAAUCCUUUGACAACAGUUGAAGAUUCUUACCUUUUUAAAUUGCCGGCAUUAAAAUAUUUAGACAUGGGAAGAACACACGUGUCACUUACAACAGUUGAAAGCAUCCUGAUGAUGACCCUUGAAUUGGAGAAACUGAUCUUACCCAGCCGCAUGGCCUGCUGCCUCUGCCAAUUUAAAAAUACAAUUGAAGUUGUCUGUAAGACAGUCAAGCUGCGUUGCGAUGGUGAAUGCCUGACAAAUGCCACACCUUGUGAUGAAGAAGCAUCUCUAGGGAAUGCAGAAGGAUCAUUCAUGAAGGUGUUACAAGCCCGGAAGAAGAACAACAGCACUGAGCUGACUAUUGAGCCAGAGAGGGCAUCCUCAGACCAAAGUGCUGUCAGCUUGUCAACCUUCAUGAAUGAGCAGCUGGACUCGAAUGCUGAAACUCAGCUAAACCAGCAGCUAUGGUCCCUCAUCCCCAGCAAUGACGUGAGAAGGCUCAUUUCUCAUGUUAUCCGGACUUUGAAAAUGGACUGCUCGGAGACCCACGUGCAGCUGGCCUGUGCCAAGCUCAUCUCCAGAACAGGCCUCCUGAUGAAGCUCCUCAGUGAGCAGCAAGAAUUAAAGGCAUCGAAGGCAGAAUGGGAUACGGACCCGUGGAAAACCGAGAACUAUAUCAGUGAGAGCGCAGGAGCCCAGGGUGAACAGAAGGAGCAGGAGCCCAUUGAGCUCACAAAAGAAGUUCCAGGAUACGGCUAUAACAAGAAACUCAUCUUGGCAAUAUCUGUAACUGGAGUAGUGAUGACUUUCAUUAUCAUUUUCUGUCUCAUUGAGAUUCAUGCUCACAGGGUAGCAGCAGCAGCAGCAGCACAGGGAGAUGAAGAAACAGGGCAACUGCCCAAGGGCCACAAAAGGGGCUUUUUUCCCUUUCUUCUGUGAAAGAGAAGCUCAAGGGAAGGCGAGAGUCAGGAGGGCUUUCACUGGAGAAGGCGGCCACUUUGGCUUAGGGAUAUGUAUAGACCUCUCAACACCACACACAAGAAAAACAUGGCACAGAAGUUACACGACCAGGAGUCUUCUGAGGAGGAUGAGAUUUUCCACAAGGAUGCGGGGGAAGGCAGCAAAGCCCCAGCAGAGGAUGUUUAGGCUGCAGAUUCGGCUGCUGGAGAGACGGGUGAGGAAAGUGAGGCCGCACACGAGACCGCGGCAGUGUGA